GAAAAAGAAGGCGGCAAAGCGGCAACUAGCAAUUAUAAAAUUCCUUGGCAUUUUUCAAGCAGUCCUCACCAACUCAAAAAUAAAUAAAAGGAAAAAUUUUAAUUAAAGUCUAUAUUUUAUCAACAAAAAUCUCUUUCCCUUUCCCUACCUGAAAGAAGCCCUAGAUUUUCUCGCUCGUUCCUUCGCUUUCUCGGGAAAAAAAUGGCAAAUGCAGCUUCAGGAAUGGCCGUGCAUGAUGAUUGCAAGCUGAAGUUUUUAGAACUGAAGGCUAAAAGGACUUAUCGCUUCAUAGUUUUCAAGAUUGAGGAAAAACAAAAGCAAGUUGUUGUGGAAAAGCUUGGUGAACCUGCUGAUAGCUAUGAGGCUUUCACCGCUAGCCUUCCAGCUGAUGAGUGUAGAUAUGCUGUGUAUGACUUCGAUUUUGUGACAGAUGAGAACUGCCAGAAGAGCAGAAUUAUUUUCAUUGCCUGGUCUCCUGAUACAUCAAAAGUAAGAAGCAAGAUGAUCUAUGCCAGCUCCAAGGACAGGUUCAAAAGGGAAUUGGAUGGUAUCCAGGUAGAGUUGCAAGCUACCGAUCCUACCGAGAUGGGUCUUGAUGUCAUAAGGAGCCGUGCCACUUAAAAUAAAUCUACUUUGAAAUGGAAGCUUAUACUAUCUGGUUCGCUUAAAUGUAAUGUCUAUAGCAAAUUUGAAACUUAGAACUUGCUUUGAUAUCGGGUUGUUGUUCCUGAGUUUAUACCAUUCAGUCCCUUGUCUUUAUUUGUUAUAUCUGUGGAUUCAUACGGGGUCAGUUUCCCCCCUUUGGUGUGAUAUUUACUGACUAAUAUAUGGUUUGUGGGGGUACCAAUCUCAUUACGGUUUAACUAUUGCAA